AUGGAGAUCAAUGCCGAUGAUUCAAAACUGGUGGUCCUCAUCACGGGUUGUUCCGGUGGAGGAAUAGGUCAUGCCCUUGCACGCUGCUUCGCCGCCAACAACUGUAUCGUGGUGGCCACCAGUAGGUCACGUUCCACCAUGGUGGACUUGGAGCACGACCCCAAAUUCUUUCUGCAAGAGCUCGAUAUUCAGUCCGAUGAGAGUGUGAACCGAGUUGUCGAUACUGUUAUGAAUAAAUACAGUCGCAUUGAUAUUCUAGUCAAUAACGCCGGUGUUCCGUGUGCCGGUCCAAUAGCCGAUAUUCCACUAUCUGCAAUCAAAAACACCUUCGAAACCAAUGUCUUUGGUUCUUUGAGAAUGAUCCAGGCGGUGGUUCCUCACAUGGCAGCUAAGAAACAGGGAAAGAUUGUGAAUGUUGGCAGUAUUGUGGGAUUAGCUGCCAGACCUUGGUCGGGUGCCUAUGCUGCUUCUAAAGCUGCACUUCAUGCUUUGACAGAUACAUUAAGAUUGGAACUUGGACAUUUUGGAAUUGAUGUUGUUAAUGUUGUCCCUGGACUUGUGAAAUCAAAUAUGUUAAAAUCCAGCCUAUCCAUCUACGACAGCAUGCCAGAAUGGAAACUGUUCAAGCCAUUCGAAACAGGAUUCCGAGACGCAUUUGUACUUGCUCAGAAGUCUCAAUCAGCCACCCCUACUGAUGAGUAUGCUAAACAUACUGUAGCUGCUAUCCUUAGGAAGAAACCACCUGCAUGGUUCGGUUAUGGUAAAUAUACUACCAUCAUGGCUAUCAUGUACCAUUUACCCCUAUGUGUUAGAGACUUUCUUUUUAAGAAAGAAAUGAAACUCUAA